CGUCUCGCUGUGCACAAUACUGGGCAGUCUUUACCUGUUGGACCGUCGCACCGAGGUUAGGUAGCUCGGCUUUGUUACCGAAAACAAGAAAGAAAACCUCGAAUCGCAUCUUCAAUUCUGAAACAGGCAGGCCACGCACGUAAUUGACCCAAAGAUCGCACCUUACAAUGGCUGAGAUAGUAGAGAAACUGCUUGCAGAUGUCUCUGAAGAAGGCUCACACGACCACAUCACUUUAAACACGUGGUUUGACAAAGUCAUGAAGGCUCUGACCGUCUGGCUACCAUUGUUGGUGUCUGGAACGCUGUUUCUGGGUGAAAUCACUGGUGAAUUCCAGAACGUCUAUUGCUACCCUCCUUCACACCUAACCAUUUCUCAAGCUAACUUUCUCAACGCCUUUUGUUGGGAAGAUCUGCCGAACGAUCACAUUUGUGCAUUCAGUGACUUUUCUAUCAUCGGCCGUCUCUGUGGGGAGAACAGACACCUCAUUUCAAGUCUUAACAUGAUCAUGCAGAUGAGCGACGAAAUCAAACGAGCAAGCAAAGAUAAUACACAAGGAAAAGCGAACAGAAUCUGCAGUUGCUGUUUUCCGCCCGGCGACAAUGACCCAGACGAUACGUCAGAACUACUAAAUCAUAGGACAGGUUCUGUCGCAGGAAGUGAUGAAGCAGUGACACCCUCACAACCUUCAUCAGGUGGCCCAUCAUCAAGUUUUCCGACCGUACACACAGAAGACAAGGAUCUGUCAGGGGAUGGAACGCCACUAAUGACGCUAAAAGAGAAACCAAAUCGCGAUACCGACGAGAACGAUGACCAAAGUGUGGGUGGUCAGCAGACAGCAAGCAUUGUUGACAUUGAAGAAGUGCUAAUGCACGCUCAACAUUCAUCUGGUGGCCCAUCAUCAAGUAAGCAGAUCCUCACUGCAGAAGACGAGAUCACGCAAGACGGUGCGACAAGUGAUGACCAAGGAUUGGCUGAAGGCAAUGUUAGCAUUAACAAUUGA